UGACAAGUGAAUAAACAAACAAUUGACCUAACUUCUUCUCAUUUUCUCAUCCAUCUGAAACGGCAUAGCACAGAACGGCACAGCACAGAUCAGGAUGCAUCGGAAGAAUUGUCAGUUUGCUUCCUUGAAAGAAAAUUCAGCCUCUUCUAGUUGGGAUUUUACUAAGAGUUGCCUUCAAGGAGAUGGCACACCUCGUCCAGAAACUGUUGUUCGAAGAUGUCAACAUUGUGGUGUUGGUGAAAAUUCUACUCCUGCAAUGCAUCGUGGCCCAGCUGAACCAAGGACACUCUGCAAUGCAUGUGGGCAAACAAGGGAUGGUUACAAUGACUUCAACACAUUCUACAUGCAAGUGAGCAUUGUGACAUUGGAUGUUAUUUGUUGGAUUCUAUAAAUUACAAAGUUUAUCAAUUUUGCUGGAGUUAUUUUGAUAAUUCAAGUUGCUAAGCAAAAUUUGUG